ACUGACCCCUGCAUAUAUACAUACAUGUUUUCAAAAUGCAAAUAAAAACUUUUUGAAAACUAUAAAAGCCUUGGAAUUUUAACCGAUGACGACAAUAUACUUUAAAAUUUGUGCGCGAUAAGUGGUAAAGCAUGGCAAAACUUUUAAUAGUGGCAGCAUUAGCUGCUUGCGUUGUCCUAACUUCAGCAGCACCAGGUGGUUAUGGAGGCGGUGGCGGAAACCAGCUUGGUGGAGGAGGUGGGUAUGGAGGAGGUGGUAGCGGUGGAUUUGGAGGGGGCCACCAAGGUGGUGGUGGUGGAUUUGGAGGAGGUGGUCACCAAGGAGGUGGUGGAUUUGGAGGUGGCCACCAAGGGGGUGGUGGUGGAUUUGGAGGUGGCCACCAAGGAGGUAGUGGAGGACAAGGUGGAGGUUUUGGAGGUGGUCAUGGAGGAGGUUUUGGAGGCGGACAAGGGGGAGGAAUAGAUGAAGGUUUUGGCGUAGGUGGAGGUCAUGGUGGCGGACAUCAAGGAGGUUAUAAAUCCCAUGGGUACUAAAAGGACAUAAUAUAUGAGAUCCAUUUUUUUAAAAAUAAUUUUGUAUUUAGAUGUGAAUUGUUUUGUAAAUAAAAAUUAUAAAAAUUUAA